AUGAAGCUUUUCUUGUUAGUCCUUAUUUUCUUCGUCAUUGGCAUCGUCAUGGGAGGAAAUGAAUGCCGUGUUGAUUCGGAAUGUACUCAAAACAAACUGUGUGUCUAUGGGGACUGUCUCACCUCGAACCAUCCGAGUGGCCGCGUCGUUGUCACUGAUAGAAACUACGACGAAAUCUGUGUUCCUCCGUGCCCUAUUGGACAAGAAUGCGCUACAGGAAUCUGCGUCCCCGGAAGUUAA